AUGGCACGUUCUUUGAAUCAGCUUUCAUCACUAUGCGUGGAAACACAACUGAUUGUGCUCAUCGGGCUGCUUGCUCUGGCUGGCGCCUUUGCGGGUGUCACUGCCGGCUUGUUUGGCAAUGGCGGCGGAUUUGUCGUCGUGCCUUCCCUGAUUGCGGUUUUUUCCAUUCUUGGCGAGACCACAAGCGAUCUUAUCUAUGUCGCUAUCGGUACGUCGCUGGCUUCCAUAGUGGUCUCCUCUGCACGUUCAGUGCAGGCGCAUCACAAGCAUAAAGCGGUUGAUUAUGAGACGUUGAAAUCAUGGGCGCCCUGGCUGGUUAUGGGUGUGGCCAUCGGUUUGUACAUCGCUUCUAUCACCGAUGGUGAAAGUCUGUUUCUGGUCUUUGCUGUGGGUGUUCUGCUGUACUCCAUCUAUUUUCUGUUUCCAGAUAUGUUUGUGAAUUCGACGAGAUCGCUGUCGAUGCCAAAAGGCGUUGGAAAAGCCAGCCUUGCGUCAUUUUUAGGUGGCUUCUCAGCGUUGCUGGGUAUCGGCGGCGGCACCAUUACCGUUAUGACUAUGGUGAUGUGUAAUCGAUCAGUACACCAGGCGGUCGCCACCGCAGCUGGGGUGGGCUUCAUUAUCGCCCUGCCUGGCUCUAUUGGUUUUGCGUUGCUGGGUCUGGGUCACACCUCUUUGCCCACAGGCUCCGUCGGUUUCAUCAAUUUCCCGGCCCUGUUAGCCAUCUGCUCAGCCUCUGUUCUGACCGCACCUAUUGGUUCAAGCAUGGUACUGCCCAGUCUUGCUGCCGCCGCGCCGGGUGCCAUGACAACCGCACCGGCUUAUGGACCCUUGGCUGGGGUGGCCAAACUAAAUGCCAACGAAAAUCCCUAUGGCCCAAGCCCUGCAGCGAUCAAGGCCAUGGACGCAGCGAUGCGAAAAGGUGCUUAUUACGUCAAUGAUUCGGUGACUCGUCUGAAAGCAAUGAUCGCUGAACGCCAUGGACUGACGCCUGAGCAUAUUCUGUUAAGUUCCGGCUCCAGUGGUGGCCUCACUUAUCUUGCUCAGGCGGUGUCUGGCUCGGGCAAAAUAUUGGGCCCGGACCUGUUCUGGGAUACGACGACGCGGAUGGGUACACGUCAGCAGGGUGAAAUCAAACGUUUGCCGAAGACAUCCGAUCUUGCCAUCAACCUUGCUGCUAUGGAAGACGCCAUAUCUGACGACGUCGCCAUGGUGCAGGUGACUAAUCCAAAUAAUCCAACAGGCAUGGUGCUUGCCGCUGACGAACUCAUGGCCUUCACGAAGCGUGCGUCAAAGAAAACGCUGGUGUUGCUCGAUGAAGCCUACAAUGAGUUGACUGAUGAUCCUGAAGCCAACUCCAUGGUGCCGCUGGUUAAACAGGGUUACAACGUUGUUGUUGCACGAACAUUUUCCAAAAUCUAUGGGCUGGCAGGCAUGCGGGUGGGCUAUCUGAUGGCGGCACCGGAAACCAUUGAAAUGAUCAGUCAAUAUGCGCUGGGCGACUAUUCAUUGAAUCAGGCGGGUGUUGCAGCAGCGGUUGCCAGUUAUAACGAUGAACCUUUUCUGGCGUACGCCAAAGCCAGGGUUGUGGAAGCGCGGGGCAUUGUCACGGCGGGCCUGGCUGCAAACGGGCUCAGCGCGUUACCCUCAAGUACAAACUUCAUGUUUGUUGAUCUGGGUAAACGCAGCGCAGAAGACUUUCGUGCUGCGAUGGCGCAAAGAAAUGUCUUAAUCCGUGGUAUUUAUCGGGAUUACACGCAGUGGUCCAGAGUAAGUAUGGGCGAGAUCAAAGACGUUGAGCAGUAUGUCGCGGCACUGCCAGCAGUUCUGGAUGCGAUUCCUGAAGUCGCUGUGUAA